CAACGCUAAUUGCAUUCUGUUCAGCGCUUACUGGUUUUACCAUCAUUUUACCGUUUUACCGUGAUUUUACUGGUGCGGCGUGAUGACGUUCGGCGGCACACCAGAAACAAACCUCACUGCGGCUACAACGGUAUCCAAGCGUCACAUUGCGAGCACACUUUCUGUAACGGCGCCGCGCUCCUCACGAACGCGCGCAAACGUCACAGCUUACGCGGGAGGGAGCGGCCGACGGUGCGGACGAUGCUGAAUAUGUCGAGAAGAGGGGAAAGGGCAUCACUGUUAUGGCGUCCGAACCGAACUCAUUCCAUGUGGACUUUCCAGACUUUUCCAGCAACGUCCUGAAGAGGCUGAACCAGCAAAGGCAGUUAGGCCAGCUGUGUGACAUCACUGUGGUGCUCCAGGGCCAGCAGUACCGGGCCCACAGAGCUGUGUUAGCGGCCAGCUCAUCUUACUUCUGUGAUCAGGUACUGCUGAAGAACAGCCAGCAGGUGGUGCUCCCGGACGUGAUGCAGGCGCGCGUGUUCGAGAGCCUUCUGCAGUCCUGCUACACGGGGGCCCUCCAGCUGCCCGCGGGCGAGGUGGUGGGCUUCCUAACAGCUGCUAGCUUCCUGCAGAUGUGGCACGUGGUGGGCAAGUGCACCGAACUCCUAGGUGGGGGUCCGGCCAAGCUCUGCCUGAGUCCGACACUCGGCCGCUCAUUCCUGGGUGGCGGUAGCGGGUAUGACAGCCCUAUCGAGGAUCUGGAUCGAGAGGACUUUGGCAGGGUGGUGGAGUACGUGGACGGAGAGGUGGAGCGGGGAAUGGUCAGUAGCUUCUCACCAAAGGUACCGGAGGCUGGAGGCCGGGAUGAGGGCUCUCUGUCGUCAGCACAGGAGCGCCUGAGCAGAGGGAUAAUCAGCCAAGCUGGCAACCCACUGAACAAUCAGCAAGGCAGAGCUGUGGAUGCACAGCCCAGGAGGGGGGAGCAUCAGGAAGCAGAGAAUGGUGGGGGUCUACAGGACGCCAGGUUGUGUGAAGGUGCUGGAAAUGAGAAGAUGGAGCUGUGUGCAAGCCAUCCUGCUGAUGACAACACUGAGGUGAACCUGGAAGAUGAACUGGGGGGGAAACUAAAUGGGGGGCACCCAUACAGAUCACCCCCGGACUGCUUCAAGGCCUCAGUGAAUGCCAACUCGACCGACACUGCCGAAGUCUACCCAGAUUCUCAAGGGCAGGAGCUGGGAGUGACUGCAGGGGUUGGAGAUCAGCGAGAUGGUCCCCUACUGCCUCCCGCUGGUCUCCAGAAGGAAACCACAAGCUCCACCACAGCGUUGCCCAGACGUGACAGAGGCUCCUCCCACAACAGCCUGCAGGAGCACAAGGAGCCCCGCCCCGCGCUGAGGCCCUACGCCUGUGCCAUCUGCGGUAGGGUGUUCAGGCUGAAGCGCCACCUGCUGGCGCAUGUGAAGGUCCACGUGGACGCGACGCCCCACAAGUGCCACGUCUGUGGGGAGCGGUUCAGGUCGAAGGACCGCUUCGGCCGCCAUCUGUCGUUCUGUGUCAAGGCUCGCCGAGCCAGACAAGCCGGCACGCCUCUCCGAUCCACCGAUCCGGCCCCCAAUGCCACUGUUGGACUGUGACUACAACCGGUUAACCUCUGAGACAGCACUUUUACCCAGGUGUAGGUUUUUUUUCGACGCACACACCCUUAACUCUCAAAUGCAGACACAGCGGCUUCACAGGGGCAAAACCACACGACGUUCCGGCAUUUUGAUCUCGCAUGCGUUGAGAUUUUCUUUGAACACUAUAUUCUGUUUUAUGGCAUUUUUCGUGCUGUUAAACAAGUUGUAUUUCUGUGAAAGGAAUGCAUGUUUGGUUCGUGUUACGCUUUUUAUUGAUGUUGUGGUUAAGAUUUAUGUAAUGGGGAAACUGGAGAUGUCGAGUGGGGAGAUGCUUUUGAAUCUCAGGUGAAUUGUCUUAUUGGGCUUUUUUGCGAAUCAGAUUCUUACAGAACAAUAAUGUUUGAUUAGCAGACCAUCGACUCAACUUGUUGCAGGGACUUUUAUUUUAAAGGAGACGUCCGUGACUCAUGUAAAUCCAGCUUGCAUCGCGCUGAUGGAUAUCUUCAUACGGGUAUAUUGGUUUUAUUGGUCUCAGAUCGAUUCAAUACAAUCACUAACAGACAACAUAAAUUCUAGCGCGGAUUUCCAGACGGAGAGUGGAUGUUUGACGCUGUCACUCGCUGCCUGGAUUAUCCCAAUGGAAAGUGGGUUAGCUCAGCUUUGUGACUGUCCACGCACAAUAUUCCCAACCCAUGUGGUUUACAAACCCUCUUUUCUCUCGUUACUACCUUGUGAGGCCGACAUCAACUGCGUUGUUAGCCUGAAUUACCUACUUCACAGAACUGGUAGCUUAUUGUAAUGAAAUGGUAACACAGUGAGAUGUUUAAUAAGUAUUUUACAGAACUACUUCAGAAGCUAAUUGAUGUUUAACAUGCAGGGAAAACUUCAGUACUGCCUAGAGUACUGAACGUAUUACAUUCUAACUGUAUAUUCCGAAAAGUUUUGUAUUAACGUGAUUAAUUUUAUGUUAUUGCCAUCCCUGUCAUGAUGUGAAGUCAACAUGCCAGUGGCAUCCACAGUGAGAAACCAAUGCAGCAAAUCCAGACUGGUUUUAAAAAUGGUCCCAGUGCAGCACUUGCCUGUUUCAUAAUAAGAAUAUGGGUACGCACUUAUGCAAACGUGCCGGUGUUUUAAUAAACACCCGUUUGUUCCAUUGAAUGUUCAAGCUAGGUUUCCACUCGUAUGUGGAAUAGCUCUUUGAAUGAGAAAUAUAUCAGGAAAUGUUUUGAUUUUUGUAGUUGUAAUGUCAAGAGUUGACCUGUUGGUGGCGCUGCGGUUUUUGAAACACCAAGUUCUUUUUAAAGUCUCUUUUUUCUGACGAAGCAGAACUGUGGCUCUCCAUGGUGCAGAGUGAUUGACAAUCAUCUGGGGACAAAGUGACUUUCGGAUGUGUUCCUCUGGGCAUAUUUAGCGCCUCUCGAUUUUCAGUGUUUAUUCUCCAGAAAUCUGAACAUAGGUGUAUGUGUCAGAUACUCAGGCGUGCCAGUCUGAGGACAGAGGACUGGGCAAGUGGAGAGGUUGAUUCAUAUACAGUUGAUAGAAAUAUGGACUGGUGCUAUUAUUUUAUUAGUACUAUACCGUACAGUGUCUGAGUUACAGGUGUAUUUAACAUUUACCGGGAAAUACUGGUGCAUCUAGGUGUUCAGGUUAAUGUAACAUAGCUUUUCACAUCAUACAAAAUGCAUAGACAAAGCAGAUUCUUUUAACCUAAUUCUGUUACUGUGUGUAAUUUAAAUUUAGCCUGAGUUUCUUGUAAAUCAACACUUUAGGACAUGUUAAUCUUCUAGAGUUUUCCUGUGGCAAAAAAGUACUGAAAUAUAAGGGAGGGUUGUUUUGGAAGAACGUGGCCUGAGACAUUUAAGCUAAAUCACCGACAGGCAAUUACAGGACUACCUCAGUAUUUAUCAAACACCCCAUACUGUUUAAAGGGGAUUUUUAAAAGGAGUUAUUGGGUUCAUGGACGGAUGCACUCAGCAUAUCUGGCUGUAAGCUUUUACUUCUUAUAGAAGAACAUUGUCCACACCUGAUGUAAAUUAUUUUCAGAAAUAAAUGCAAUUGUGUCACUUCCAA